AUGUCUUUCCUUCAUAAUCAUUCUUGCGAGUGCGUUAAGUCAGAAUUGAAUUUGUUUGCACUACCGUCUACACAAACUAGCAUUGAAAAUGGAUUGUGGAUUCAUUAUAAACCAAUUUCAUCUCUUGGUGAUGAUGGACCUAUCGAGUUUCAAGUUCCUGGGACCGGCGAUGACUACAUAGAUUUGUCUCAUACAUUACUCCACAUAAAGGCAAAAGUAUUAAAUCAAGAUUCAACUAACUUGGUAUCUACUACAAUAGUAGCACCUGUAAAUAAUUGGCUGCAUUCACUUUUUAGUCAACUUGAUGUUUAUUUAAACCAAAAACUUGUAUCACCACCUAAUAAUACCUAUGCAUAUCGAGCAUACAUGGAAACCCUUUUAAACUAUGCCCCUGCUGCUAAACAAUCUCAUCUUACUUGUAGCCUUUGGUAUGAGGAUACAGCAGGAAAAAUGGAUUCUACAGAUGGUAAAAACAUAGGAUUUGUUAAAAGACAGGAAUUGAUUAGUGAAAGUAAGGAAAUAGAAAUGAUUGGUCAUCUUCACGGUGACAUUUUUAACCAAGAUAAAUUUUUAAUUAAUGGUGUUGAAAUGAGUGUUAAAUUGGUUCGAUCAAGAGAGAGUUUUAAUUUAAUUGUUGGGUCGAACGAUGUAAAGUUUAAAGUUUGCAUUACGGACGCAACUCUUAUUGUGCGACGAGCACGAAUUAAUCCAAGUGUAUUACUCGCACAUCAAAAAGUUUUAGCUUCUACCACUGCUAAAUAUCCUAUUACUCGAACUGAAGUAAAAGUUUUAACAAUUCCUUCAGGUGUUCAAGGAAAAACUCUUGAUAAUAUAUUUUUAGGACAGGUACCGAAAAGAUGUAUAAUUGGAUUUGUGAACAAUUCUGCAUUUAAUGGCUCCCUUACUAAAAAUCCAUUUAACUUUGAAAACUAUGGUAUUAAUUCUUUCAGCUUAUAUAUUGAUGGUCAACAAAUACCUUCAAAAGCUUUGCAACCAUCUUUUAAUAAUAGCAUAUUUACAUCAGCAUAUCAUACUCUAUUCUCGGGAACUGGUAUUCACUUUCUUAAUGAAGGAAAUGGAAUCUCUUGUGAACAGUAUGGCAAAGGUUACUGUCUAUUAGCAUUUGACUUAACUCCUGAUUUAUCAGCUAACUCAUCAACUCAUUGGAAUCUCAUAAAGCAUGGUAGUGUAAGAAUAGAAGUACGAUUUGAAUCCUCAUUAAUACAAACAAUUAACUGUAUAGUUUAUGCUGAGUUUGAUAAUAUUAUUGAGAUAGAUAAAAACAGAAAUGUUACUGUAGACUAUAGUAGUUAA